UAAUACCGGCGGUGGGGUGGGGUGGGCCUGGUCCCCGCCAUGGAGUUGGGAUCCUGCUUCAGGAGCUACGAGGACUUCAGGGAGUGUUUCUGCGCCUACAAACUGGCGCAGGGGUGUCGGUACGGCCUGCGGAGCUGCGUCUCUGUUCGCUGCCACAACAGGCAGCACGGCACCGCCGUCCGCCAGGAUGUCGUGUUCAUGCAGGUGAAGUUUGGUUGUGCUUGGACCCAAAAAUACAGCAAGAAGAGAAAGCAGCAGCCGCCCAGCUUGUGUCCGGUGUAUUUUUUGUUGCAAUAUAAGGAGGUCAUAGACCAGCUUGUGAUCAGUGAACGGAAUAGCAACCAUGUCCAAGACUCAGUGUUUUCCCUGACCAGAGCCACCGCUGCGAUGGCAAGUACUGUGGCACAUGAUGGCCCCGCAACAAAACUGCAUAAGCAGCGGCAGGCAGGUGGGACCGACAGCGGUGCUGCCAUGGAUGAGGACUCACAUGUGGUCACAGGACAACUGGUGGACAGGGUGCCUGCUCUGUACUGGGCUCCCACGCUCCCUGAGGCAGUGAAGGAAAAUGCCUCGGCCUCAGCUCUUGUCAGGUUUGCUGAGGUCAUGAAAACUUUCCUGAGGGUGGACAGGGGGUCGCUGGCCUCAGUUAGCAGACAUGGCCUGGACAGACUCAGCUUCCAGAGCAGCAAGACAAAGAGCUCAUUUAUGGAGCUCCCUGAGACCCUCCUGCUGCACAGGGUGCUGAGUAAGGGCGGAUACGUGCUCUAUGCCUUCCUUGUAGAGAGUAAGGAGCGAGUGGGGAGAGUGGUGCACUUGUCACUGCUGAAGGAUGACACAGGGCACAGCAUCAGGAAAAUGCUGACAGUCUUCAAGGAGUUCAACCCCGAGUGGCAAAAGGUCCAGGUUGUUUUCACAGAUGUGUCCUUCUUUCACAAAGCCAUCCUCUGCGAGCUAUUUCCCUCUGCCCAGGUGCUCCUUUCUGUCUAUCACACUGUCCAAUUGCUUGAGAAAAACAUGAAGGAAGCAGAAAUGUCCCCUUCCUUCAAGAAGAACUUGAUGCUGGCCUUGCAGAAGGCUGUGUUUUCCCCUUCGGCUGCAAGUCUGGAUGCCCUGUCCCAGCUGGUGAAGCGUGUGGUCAGCCUGGAGCUGUACAACUAACUGCAAGCCAACUGGUUCUCCUGCAAGCUGCUGUAGUGCAUGCAUGCAGAGAAAGGUCUGCGCUCCUGCAGCAUGCACAUGGACAGCCUGGACCUCAUCAUGCACCAAUUAUCCAGUCUCUUUGGCCAGCAGCUGUCCUUGGAGGCGAGUGCUCUUUGUUUUCUGGAGUGUGCAGACUGCCUUGAUUCUAGAGGCUUAGGAAGCCUGAACCAGAGUUUCUUGAGCACCAAGGAGGGUGGUUGGAGCAGCCUCCAGGAGAAGCCAUACAUGUGUGUUGGAGCUGCGGCAGAACCAGGCUCUGUUUCUGGUGCUCUGCCUCUUGCUGAGUGCCCCAAGACCACUGGGCAGGCUGCUGCAGUGGGGACGGGCUGCAUGCUGGCCAUGCUCUGGGAGACCUGUACGGACCUGGGCUUCUGGCUGUGCCUGAAGGAGUGGGAGGUGGUGCAGACGUCCAGCCAGCUGCUCAGCCCCAGGCCGGGCAGCCUUGUGGUUCAGCUGCUGGAAGGUGCGCACCGGGUGAGGCAGGACUGCUGGAGCUGCAGCUGCUGCUUCCACCGCCGCUACCGGCUCCCUUGCAGGCAUGUCCUGGCCGUGCUGCAGGCGCAUCGGAGGCGUGUGGAGGAGGGCAUGGUGUGCAGGUGCUGGCAGAGGAGGUACCAGCAGCUCCCGGUCCCUGGGACGAGGUCGUCGGGCUCUGGCGGGUGCUCUGCGGGGGGCCGGCUAGAGGGCGGUGGGGAGCGAGCCUGGUCCCUCGGCCUAGAGCUGGCCAGCCUGCUGCUGCCGUGCGAGGGGGGGGAGCUGGAGGAGCGGAGCUCCGCGCUGGCAGCAAUCCUGGCUGCCUGGGCCCGGUUACUGGGAGCGAGGAGCGGCUGGCCCCGCACCGCUCCGGCUAACGGGGGCACCGAGGAAACGUGA